GUUUGAGUGUACGUGCUGCAGCUACCAUUCGUAUUCACAUAGUUCUUCUUUUAGCGUUAGGCUUUGGAAAUCAUGGUGUCGAAGACUAGAAAACAGCAUCAGAAGAGGAAAGAUACACUGAGGUUGAAUGGAGGGGUCCUGCCGCCUGUCGUUCCCUCGGAGCCUAAGUCUGUUCACCUAAAGAAAACACGCCCAAAGAUGAAAGGCAAAAUGAAGAUUCGCCUCGGGUUAGAGUGCCCAACCGACAUUUAUACUGGCUUUGAGGAUCAAAAAGGCGUCCUCUGGCGCUGCCCAACUUGCUCUCGGGAGUGUCGUGUGGUUGGGUUCUGUGUUAGCUGCGCAACCGGCGUACAGCCAAAAAAGCACAGUGGCACCCUCAUGUCGCGCCACGAGACCAACCCCAGGAGGGGCGGGAUCCUGCCCCCAAAACUGAGGGCUGCAGCCACAAAAACAGGUAAACUGAAGCUAAAAAAGAAAAAAUAA